AUGAGUUUAAGUUAAGUAAGAUUAUUAUAUUUACUUAUAAGGCAGGGCGUUAGGCAAUAAAUCCAAUUACUGGAGAAUCUAGAUUUUAAGCACCAGAUUAUCGCCGUUCUUAAGAAGUCAAGAAUGAACCUACGAGGACAGCAGAAUCAAGGAGAAAUUUUGCAAACACUUCUGUGCCUGUUGAGAAUUAGGAAUAAAGUUAAUUCUAAAUGGAUAGGAUUGCUCAAUUAUAGGAUUAAGUGUAAAUGAUGGAAAAGUAACUUACUUAGGAAGUCAAACGAAAUUCAAAAAUGUUAGUUGAGCUGGAAAGAGAAGUAAGGACAAGAGGAUAAAUAGGAGAUGUAUUAAUUAUAUAAUGGUAAUAGCCAAACUAAAUGUUCGAAGAUUUGUAGAAUAAGAUGUAUUCACUGGAAACCAAGAUUAUAGCAUAAGAUAGGCAAAAGAGUGAAUUGGGUUCUAAAGUGGCUAUUUAGGAAUAGAAUCUUAAGGAAUUAUUGUACUUUUUGAAGAACACUUAGAAUAAAGAUACUAAUGAAGUAUUAUAGAUGAGAGGAAUGUUACAAGAAAAGAUAACGGAAGAAAGUUCACAUUUAUAAAAAGAAAGAGAAAAGACAAAAGCUUUGUUUAUGGAGAUGGUUAGAUUAGGAGAAUUGUAAGAAAAGUUGCAGGAAUCACUUUCGACUUCUCAUCAACAUUUUGAGUAAAGAAUUAAUGGGAUGGAAAGCAAGAUAUAUAAUGGAGAGAAAGCUUUAAUUUAAGUAGCAUAGAGAGGUGAUUCAGGAAUGAAUUUUAUUAAUGAAACGAAUGAAAGAAUAGAGAAGAGAGUGAUGGCUUUGGAGGCAAAUUUAUUAGCAUUAGGAGUAUGAUUAUAUAAUUAUUGGAUUAGAAAGAUUAAUUAAAAGAUCAUGAAUAGAUUAAUAGAGUUGAUAUGGCUAAUUAGAGAAUCUAAGAAGAAUUUAAGGGAAUGUUAUAAUUAAUUUAAUAAGAUUAUACUUAAAGAUUAGAUACUAGAGUAACUGAAGUCAUUAAUAGAAUUGUUAUGGAACAUGAAUAGAGAGUUAAAACUAUGGAAGAAAUGAAAUAAGCAUGGAGUUUAAAGGAUUAGAUUAAUAUGGAGAGAUUAUAAUAUGAGAGGGAAGAAGUUAUUUAAAAAUUAGGAUCAUUAGAAUAAUUUUAAAGAAUUGAUUCAUAAAAGAAGGAUGAAGCCAUUCGUUCAUUAUAAACUAUUAUUGAGACAUAAGUAAAUUAAAUACUAGUAAAUAUAUAAAAUGAAGAAGCUUAAAGAUAUUCACAUGAGGUUUAAUUAAGAGGAGAUUUAUUAAAAAUAUAAGAGAAUAUUAAAUAGGAGAAUGAAUUAUUUAAAACCCAUUAAGCUAAUAUUACAGAAAAGAUUACAGAUAUGAUAAGAAUUGAAGUUUAAACAAGAUUAUCAACUGAUACAGAAUUGAAGAAUCUUACAUCUGCUAUUGCAACUGAUAUCGUUUCUGAUUUAAAUAGUUUAAAAGAUUAAAUUGAAAUGGCUAAUAGAGCAUUAUCAACUUAAGUUAAAUAAUUAGAAAAAGAUUAAGCAGAAAAAGCAGAAAGAUUAUCUUUGUAUAUUGAUGAUGAAAUAAAUAAAGUAAAAAUUCAAUUUAAUUAUAUUUAUAGGCAAUUAAGACAUCUGCUUAGAAGUAUGAAAAGGUUAAGGUAAUAUUUUCCAAAUUUGGUGAAUCCUUUAAAUAACAUAUAACAGCCUAUGAAGGUUUGAAAUAAGAUCUUAAUUCUCGGUAGACUAUUAUUGAAUAGAAUAUUGAUAUGAUUAGAUAAGACUUUUAAACUGUGAUAGAAGAUUAAUAGACACAUUUAUUGGAAAGAAUAUCAAUUGAAAAAAAUCAAAUUUUAGAAGCUGUAAAUGCUACUGUCUAAUUUUUAGAGGAUAAAGUUAAUAAAUUAGAUGAAGAUUGUUCAAAUAAAUUUAGGAUAUUUAGAGAAGUUAUUGAAGAAAAUCAAUAAGUUGUUGUUGAAAAAACUAAACUUAUACUUGAUUAAAAUGAGUCUUAUUAAUAAACAUAAAUGAAAGGAUUAAAAUUAAUGGCUGAAAGUAUUCAGGAAUUAAAGUAUUUAUAUAUUCCAUUCAAUUUAGAUAAUAAUAAUAAUUGAUUAAAGAAGACCAUUAGAAUCAAAUUAAGGAAGUUAAUUAAGCUGUUGAAAAUACUAGAUAAGAUAUUCAAUAAAUUAAUACUAAUAUAAAAGAAAUAAAUGAAAUAUAGGUUUAACACAAAAGUCUAUUAGAUGAAAAUUAAACUGAUAUUGAAAUACUUAAGAAGGAGAAUGAAACUAUUAUGAUUAAAUAAUAGGAUAUUGAUAAGAAUGUUGAAAUAUUAAAUGCAGAACAGAAAAAAAUUCAUAAUACUUUUUAAUUACUAACUUAAAAUGUGGAAUAAGUAAAUGAUAAAACUUUAACUAUUGGAGAAAGAGUAGAUGCUAUCAAUACUAAUUUUUAAUAAUUAUAAGAAGAACUUAAAUAAAUUGAUUAAAAGAAUUCUAAAUUAGAAGGAGAUUUAGAGGAUUCAAAUCUUAAAAUUAAUAAUGAAUUCAAAACUAUUGAAGCUAGAUUAGAAGACUCUUAAUAAACAAUUAGUACCAUAUAAGAUUCUAUAAGAUUAAAUGAUGAUCUUGACAAAAAAUAAAAUCUAGAAAUUGAAGAAUUAUAGUAAUCAGUUAAAAAUUUACAAGAUAGACUUAAAUAAUUGGCUCAAUUACCAGCUUGA